UUCCGUCUCAUAUACGGGUGCCGCGUGUGUUUCGCGUGUGCGGGUUCUCACCCAUUUUCGCCCUCGGUGUGUAUUAUUAUUCGAAAGAUAAAUAAAACUUUUCUAUUUUCCAACGACACGGCCUCCCUCAAUCAUAUUUAAUCCACAUCGCGCGGUCGCAUUCACAGUGCUACCAUUUUUAUCAAUUGUUGAUUUUAUCAAUAUAUUUGAAAAGGUCUACAUUAUUUUGCAAUUGAUAAACGAUUUUUCACCACGCUGUUUUUUAGUUGUAACAUUUUUUCAUACUCUCUGUAAAUGAUCUGAAAAAUUUAAUAAACAUUUGCUACUUAACAAAUACGCGAUGACACUACUUUUUGGGAUAUCCACGAAAUGUUCAUAAAAUUGAUCUUUGAUUUUCUUACGAUAUUGACUUAUCUAUUCUCAACCUUUGAUGUUGCAUUAUCCACUAUUAUCACCGUACGGGGAUACUGCGAUCGUUGAAACUUUCAAGUGUGUCGCCGGAAACUAAAAAAAGGAUCUAACGAUGCAGAAUAAGAACGUUUGCUUUUUCGUGCCAAGUGUAAAAAUCAUCGCGGAACUAUCGGAUACCGCAACAUUCUCGUUCAAGGGGGUUCGUCGUUUAUUGGCAAACAAAAAAAGCGCUAAGAAAUGCAAAAAUUUACGACGGUUGGAUGGACACUCGUGCCCAGAGGGUCGGAAUUGAUUUUCAAUUUUGAGAAUCUGCCAGUUCCACUCGUGUUUGCUACUUCGGAAAAUUGAGGGAAAUAAAAAGGAGUAUUGGAGCUCGAUGAUGUAUACAGACCUGCACCAAAAAAAAUUACCUGUUCCUUGUAUUCGUGAUUUUCCUGUUAUGAAGACGGUGAAAGAAACGAACUGUCAACGCUCGAAAUCUUUAUGGGAUAGUUGGGGAACGAGCCUGUAAAAAAUGAUUGCAAAAAUGUCUUCUUAAUACAGUAUGAUAUACAAGAUCAGCAAAACCGAAAUCCGCUCGAGCAAAUUUCUUUCAAUUCCAUUGCGACGAUCAGAAUGGGAAUGAACAUCGAAUAGGACGAUCGAAAGAGAAUGGAAAUAAGCCUCUCCCCGAAGAGUGAAAUAAUAAUCCAAAAACGCUGAUGAAAAAAGUAUAUUAUCACAUGAUAAUAGAAAAAAAAACUGGAAAAUUUGAAUUGCUCGGCGUGCGAUGAAAUUGUCUCGGGAGCCCGCAGUAAUCGUGCUAUAUUUACAAAAAAACAGCACGAAGUAGAUGAAGAAAAGUCUGCGACGGGGGUGUCUGUGGCAAUAAGCAAGAAUAUAUUUCUUAUUUACGUUCCACCGAUGAGGGUUGUUAGUGCGUAGAGAAUACAAAUAAAUACCAAGUCUAAGUGAACAUCGUCGUUCUGAGUUGGGGAUAAAGGGGAGGGUGGGCAAUGGGUGAUCGUUCGUAGCGAAAGUGACUUUUGAUAAUCUCGCGCUUCGUCGAUUCCCCUUUCGAUCUGAUUCGAAGCAACGUAACCCUUAAGACUGCCCCUUAUUUCUCCAGGGUUCCACGCCUUGAAGGAUCUCUCACGAUGAGACAUUCCAUCAGCUACUAACCGAAGUAAUCGAAAACAUGCGUUAGAACAAACUCAAUUUUAACUUUUAAUCGGCCCCAAUUUUUUUUUUGGAAAGAGCCUGAAAACAGAGAUUGGAAAGAAGAACGUCAAAGUCAUUUCCUAAUGUAUAUGUGAAUUUUUAAUACUGACAAUGUGUUAGAGUGCAAGUGAAAAGUGCUUUUGUGGACAUACGUUAAUACUGAAUCUGUCCUCGACCUUCCGAGAACAAGGUCGAAUACCAGAUAGUAACAAAAAUAAAGGAUUAAGCGGAACGCUGUUCGUAAAGUGUUUUGUUGUGAAAAAAUGCUGUUUCACUUGUUAUCAGGCUUACUAUUGGUGAUAGAAACGUGCGGAGUUCAAGGUUUGUUCGUCCGCGAUCAUAAAUUAGUGGGCGGCCAGAACACGACUGGAUGGCCAUAUUUCGAGGAAAACGUGCCACGAAAUGUAACGACGGCUGUGGGCCAAACGGCAUUUUUGCACUGCCGAGUUCAUCAACGUGGUGACAAAGAGGUAUCCUGGAUGCGGAAACGUGACAUGCACAUACUCAGCGCAGGCAUAUCGACGUACACGUCCGACCUGAGAUUUCAAGUGAUACAUCCGGACAAGUCGGAAAACUGGACGCUGCAGAUAAAGUCACCGCAGAAAAGGGACUCGGGCACUUACGAGUGCCAAGUCAGCACCGAGCCCAAAAUGUUUCUCAACUACACCCUCAAUGUUGUCGACGCAAAAGCACGAAUAAUAGGGCUGUCUGACAUUUACAUUAAAACGGGUAGCAGCCUGACACUGACGUGCCUCAUGUCCCAGGGUCCGCACGAUCUAGGUACAGUUGGCUGGUAUCGCGAAAAUCAGGCUCUCGACACAUCACCGAGAUCGGAAAACGACAUUGACAGCGAGCCCCGUAUCAAAGUCGAAACGGAAUGGAGCGAGGCUCUUACGUCAAAAUUAAAAAUCAAGUACGCGAAGCUCAGCGACUCGGGAAACUACAGCUGCCGACCGACCGUCGCGGAAGGGGCAACAGUAAAGGUGCACGUUAUUAAUGAAGAACAUCCAGCAGCGAUGCAGCACGGUAACACAGCAGCGGGUUCCCCAACAUGCAAAACGAUUCUCAUAACAAUCGCAUUUCUUCUUGGACAGUUGAGAUAAUUUCCGUUUCAAAGGAGAAAAUGUAAAGGAGCGAAGAAGCAAACGCGCGUUCUCGAAAGCCCAAGAGAAGGACAGAGAGAGAGAGAGAGAGAGAGAGAGAGAGAGAGAGAGAGAAUAGGGGCAUGAGGAGGGAAGUGGAAGAGGGAGAGAGAGAAAGCGGUAACCGUGUAGGACACAAAAAAUAAAUAGAUAUUAAUAAUAAUUCUCCAAUAAAUGUACUACAUUGCCCGAGAAGGUGUGUUUAUUCUUUAAUAAGCAAUGAGCCAAGUGAGAUAACGGUGUAAACCUCGUAUGUAUUACGAGGCAUAAAUUCUGGAUGAAACGAAUGUAUGUGAUUUAUCUGUGAAAAAGAGGGCAAAACAAAGAAAGUCAACGAUUCCUCUUUCCGUCUCUCUUUUUCUCUCCAUAAUGAGAAAAAUAAAAAGACUCAAUAGAACAACCGUUUGCACAACCCCUUCUCCGUAACCACCCGCCGAGUGUUUUAGGGUGAGCCCAUUAAAAAUUUCUACAGGGUCGAAAUUAUUGAGUUUCGUCGACAAGACCGUGAGGCGAAAUAAUUAAAAUGUAGCUCCGUAAAUGUAUGGUGAGCUAUGUACGUCCUCGAUGUCGAGAAAACUCGCAAAAAUGGUUUCUCUUAUACAUGUGUAAAUACGUGUGUAUGGCCAUAGCACCAAAAUUCUCGAUAAUGGAUAUAUGAUGAAACAUUUUUAAAAAUGUAACUGCACGUAUCUGCGUUAAUGAAGCGCAUUAAAAAAUGUAUAGAGAAAUAACAAGAGCAAGAGAAAAUUAUUACGUAGACUGGAAGAAAUAAAAAGAGUUCUUCAUUAUUAAAACACUUUUUUCUUUAACGCGAAAGAACGUUGACGGCAGAUCGUUAACAAAUUUUCAUUAACUUUUGUAUAGUUGUCAAUAUUUUUCUACCCACGUAACAUUUUCAUUCAUCGAUCGACAUUUAUAAAUACAAAUGUAUCGAUACCUCUUUCUCAACCUCGAUCGCAAGUGAUCGUCUAUCUAUUAUUUUGUACAUUUCACUCAUUUACUCCCAUCGUCUUUUGGCUCAUGAACGACUGCAAAAUGACUAUAAGAGAUUCGCUAAAUAAAAAUUAUUCAUCUUUUUUUUCAGGGCAUUUGAAUUUUUGUAAACGUUUUUCUAGAUUUUGUCUCCUUCCUGGGAAUUCGUUAACGUGAAAAAUUCAAAUUCUGGCUUGUUGAUAAAAUUCAAUGGGUAAUAUUGAAUAGGGGCUGCCGAAGGGUAUAACGGAGAGAAAAAUAAGGUUUGAUAAGACUCAGGGCCUGGGGAGGUUGGAGACGAAGGAAUUUGAUAUGAAAAGGCCAACGUGACUCUCGUCGCGUGAACACAAGAUCGUCUUCGAUGAUAAUGUCAAACGAUGGUAUAUACAUAUAUAUGAUAAUGUCUGAUUAUUAUCAUUUGCUGCCGCUGAUAUUGCCGACAUAGCGUCAGGUGUGAAAGAACAUAGUAUAAAAGGAAUAACAGAGAGAAAACGAGAAAUUCUUCGCAAAAUCGUUGCCUUCCGGUCAUGAAACGCAGCAAUGCACCAACGGGAAAAAUGAGAAAAAUGAAUCCAUUCGCACGAUUGUAGAUACGUACUUGGGUGCCUGCACAACGAUCAAAUCAUCAAGCGCUAGAAGAUCGACACUCUCAUAUCUCUUUAUGCGUGUGCACUCAUACGUAUACGAGCGUUUGCACAAAAUGUUCAGUAAAUUUUCGACUGUUCCUCCCGACAAUCUCACGCAGGAUUCUGACCAGCAACUCGUUGCGUUGUUCCUUAAAUGUCUAAACAAAUUCCUCCUUUUUCAUCUCCGCGAAUAUUCAGACGCGAUAUGCGAACAAUUCGAGCUAUAUCAAAUUUUUAAAUUCACAUUUUUCACCAAUGUGUUCGAGUACAGACUCGAACAGAAGCUAGUUUAAAUUUGGCACUAAAUAAUCUCGUUUUAUUUUUUGUAUUGCUUCAUCGAAUAUAUCUGACGUCAUUGAAAAAAUGGGAGGGUUCGAAAUAAGCACACGUUGCCCCGAGUAACUAUUACCGACGACUUCACUCUUUCCAGGCUCGAUACUGUUGUUCAUCUUGGGUUGAAACUUAAUAAAAUAUGUUAAAUUUCGCUACUUGUUUUUUUCUCUUCGUCACCGAGAUAAAUUUUGCGAACAAUGGGGAGCAAUCUGUUUCAAUAAUCGUCAAUUAGCAUCAUGUCAAGUCUUUUACAUUCGAAAUGAACAGCUGAAGAGGCUUGACGAGUCACAAUCUCAAGACAGAACCCUCGAAUAGAACAUAGUAUACCACACGUGAACAAUGACAAUGUAAAUCCGACCACCAAUAUGAACGCUCGAUCGAAAAUCGUUCUGUUUUAUAUCGACCACCCCAAAUACCUGUUUGGGCAAACAACUUCUACGUAUAACUGUAAUAAUCGCUAUAUGAAAUAAUACCAUGCACGUAUUAACGUAUGUGCAUUUACCACCGAAUAUGAUUGUCCCAUCGAUUUUGAAUGUACUAUUUGUGUUUCUUUAUCUUUCCAAUUUUACAAUCAAUUUAAUUUUUUCCAUCGGCGAAAUGAAAUGCGUCGUGCCACCACUUCGAUCGUUCAGUAUCGGCGUCAGGCUUGUAAUGAAUAAUAACUAGAUGCGCCUGUAUGGAUGCGGGUAUGUUUCGAGAGCGCGCGCGCGAGCACACGUUGUGACCAAAUGUUCGCUUGAGAGUUGGAGUCGAGUCGACGGAGUAGUAGCGUUCAAACUAACUAAGCAGAUACUGUAUUUAUUUUGAAGACGAAAAAGGAAAAUAGUUUUCCCGAGUUAUUUCCCAUUUGCAACAUUCCUCUCGUCUGAUUUCUACUGGAACCACUGCUUCGGAAUUCAACUUUAUACUUCCGAACAUCCCCGUUGAAUCGGAAUACAAUGUAGUAGCUUUCCGAAAUUAUCACCCCUUCUCCACCGCUCCAAAAAAAAAAAAAUGAUAAAGGCAACUUUUGCGACUCGCAUUUCGCACCAAUUGAUUCUUAUUCGGCGUAGACCGCGGACCACAAACGUGUGACGCGUUCAAUGAGUUGUGAACCCUGUGAAAAUUUAUUGAAUACAUUCAGAAUUACGUGUACGCGUAAAAAUACGCGUUGUGCGUGUACGUAUGCGUGUACGUCUAGAUGGUAAUGAAAAAUAUUGCUCAAGCAAUGAAAUCGCUCAAUAAUACUACCAUAUAUUUCAUUUUCCAUUAAGUACUUGAUCUUUUUUCAUCAUCGAUGAAUUAUGAAAUUUUAGAGCAAUACGAUUUGUACUCGUUUUCAAUAAUAUCCCAUGCUGUUUCUGCGGAAGCAACGGGAUCAAGAGACACCGAAGCGGUUCGACUGCAAUUACAUUAAUACCCAUACAAAAACCAAACGAAUAAUUCGAUCGAAAUUUUUGUUACAACGAUUCAGAGUGGAUCCAAUUUGAUCAAGUGGAUUUUCGUUAUAAAGAAUGUUCGAUCACACGCUCCGUUCGAUUUGGAAAACGGAAAGCCUCGCGUUCCAUUAUUUUCACAGAAAAAUGAAUUUAUUGUUGGUGCACGAAAUAUCCGAGGUAUGCAAUUUACAUUGCGUUCCAACGCUCGCAACAUCCAUAUUCCUCCCGACUAAAAUAAGCCUCCGAACCUUAUCAACAGCCUCGAUGUGGGUUUAUAAAAAAAGAGAAAAGUCACAGCCCCGCUGUUAUAUUAUGUAAAUUGAGUGUUAAGCCAUAAAAGCCCGAGCAGAAGAAAGUACUGCGAAUGUUAUUGAACGGAACUGAGAGUGAAAAGUUUUGUUGAAGUAUUCUUGAAGAGGCGUUUGCGAGUGAGAAGAAAAACAAUUCAAUCGGCGUAGCCAGGCAUUAGUGUUGUGUACAAAAAGAAAACAAACAAAAAACGAAUAUGUUGUACUUGCGAAAUUUUCAAGAGAAAACAAAAAAGAAAUGUAAUUCCUACACAGUUGAAUGUUAAUACUGGAGUAAUUGUAGAUUACGAAAUACCGUUUUAAUAAGUGUCUCGCCCCUUUUUUCACCUUCUUUCAAACGCUCGUUUUGUUACUUAGUUAGCCAUCGUGUCCUCUCCUCCGAUCCAUUGACUUGUGAAAGCGAGCAUUCCCUCGUCGGGAUAAUAUACUUUACCGACAUGCUUCCGUCAUUCGCUCCCCCCCCCCCCCCCUUCGCCCCUCUUUCUCUGUCUAUGACCCCGUUAAGAUUUCAUUGUUUCGGUGCAUGCGUAUUUUCCGCGCAUUCUUGUAUAUAAUAUAUUUUAAUCUUGUAAAUAAAUUAUAUCCAUAAAUAAUUUAAGAAAAUACAUGAAAACUCGUCCUUAUGAA